AUGUCUAUGGUGAGGUCCAUCGAGUUAGUGCUGCCCAAGGAUGCAGUGUACCUGGCUGGCUCCAACCUAAAGGGGCAGGUGAUCCUCACCCUGAACAGCACCCUGGUGGACCCCGUGGUGAAGGUGGAGCUCGUGGGGAGGGGCUACGUCGAGUGGAACGAGGAGAUCGGGGCCUCCCGUGAUUACAGCAGAGAGGUCAUCUGCAACAAUAAGGCCGACUACGUGCACAAGACGAAGACGUUCCCGGUGCAGGAUAAUUGGUUAAGCGCAGGCAGCCACACCUUUGACUUCCAUUUCAACUUACCUCCCAGGCUGCCCUCCACCUUCUCCAGCAAAACCGGCCACAUCUCCUACUUCAUCCAAGCCUCCUGCAUGGGCUGCGAGCACAUCCUGGCCAAGAAGAGGACAUACUUGUUGAUUCAAGGGACGUCGGACUUCCACCCAGAUCAGUCGUUCCAGGACCCCCUGUUUGUGCAGACCGAGAAGAAGGUGUCCUACAACUGCUGCCGGCGGGGCAGGGUGUGCCUGCAGAUUCGGAUGGACAGGAACACCUUCAUGCCGGGGGAGAAGGUGGUGUUCACCUCGGAGAUCCACAACCAGACCAGCAAGUGCAUCCGGACGGUGGUCCUCGCCCUCUACGCCCACAUGCAGUACGAGGGCUUCACGCCCAUGGCCGAGCGGCGGUGGCGCGGGGACAGCCAUGAGCUGCUGCGGCAGGAGGCCAACACCCAGAUCGCCGCCUUCAGCAGCACCACGGUGGUCAGCACCUUCAGCCUGCCCCUCGUGCUGUCCGUGAGCAGCGCCCUGCUGGACGACCAGAUCAUGCGGACCAGCUACGAGCUGGUGGUCACCGUGCACCUGCCCUGGUCUCUGGCCAGCGUCAAGGCCAAGGUGCCCAUCGUCAUCACCAGCAUGCCCGCCGAGUCUUCCAGCUGCCAGCUCUCCCUUGGCGGAGAGCCGGGACCCACUGGAUCACAUGCCCAGACUUCUAGAUACUAAAGCUUAUCUGACUCUACCAGGGACUUUGUCUUGUUUUU